ACAAUCAAAAUGGAAUGAUUGUUUGUUUCUUGUCGAAUUUAUAGAGCAUUUUUAGUAAACAAUCACAUAACAGCUUUUAAAGUGCUUUAUAAUAAGUUUGAAUAACAUAAACAUUAAUAAUUAUGGCGUCGCAUUUGAGCACAAAAGACAGGCUUCUUUCAUUAAUAGACGACAUGGAACUCAUCGCUAAAGAGAUAAUUGAAGUAUCCAUAGCUCCGAAGCAGCAAAAGCUUUCAGCCGCGGAUUACGCACAACUUACUGAAUUGCUUCUAUCAAAAGACGCUGAACUAAAAAAGACUUUGGAUUUAGCUGAUGAACAGGCCACAAUACAACAGAAAAUGAAUGAUUUAAAAGCAGAAGUUGAUAACAAGGAUCAAGACAUUUACCAUUUACAAAGACAGUUAAAAGAUGCAGAGCAGAUAUUAGCCACAUCUUUGUAUCAAGCACGGCAGAAACUUGCUUCAAUAGUAAAGUCAAGAAAGAGACCAGUCCCUUCUGAGGAGCUAAUCAAAUUUGCACACAGGAUAAGUGCAUCAAAUGCAGUAAGUGCACCACUGUCUUGGCAGCCUGGAGAUCCAAGACGUCCUUACCCCACAGAUCUGGAGAUGAGACUGGGUAUGCUUGGCCGUCUUUGCGAUCUGCCACUGAAUGGUCACACUCCCUCCACACUAAAUGAACUGCAUCGAAUAACUACUGGAGGAGUGCCAGCAUCAGCAACCAACCAAUUCACAUGGCAUCCGUCUGGAGAGCUUCACAUGUCAGUGGGCGGUGGAAACUCCGUUGCUAUAGAUGGGCGCAGUAAAGAUGCGCCGACGCAGGAAGAUGUUGAAGUCAUGUCCACUGACUCAAGCUCCAGUUCAAGCAGUGAUUCACAAUAGUUUGCGGUUGGAGGAUGCAAUUAGACAAUUAAAGGUUCUGAAUCAAUCAGUGGAAACCCUGGCUAUACGAUUGUUCCUAGAAUCGAUAGGUACUCAAUGAGUAGUCUAUAGGUCAAGUUUCAAACUGAUGAUUGAUGUGGCAUUUUAAAGGCAACAGUUCUGGAAAUUCCUAAGAAAAUUCUAUUCAAUUGCGAAUCGAGCUUCGUAAUCGCAUUGUAAGACUGUUUUCUUAUAAUUAAAUAAAUGUAUGUU